AUGAAUCACCCGCACCCGUACCCGCAUUUCACACACAACAUGCCCAAAUCAAUUCCAACAAAAUCUCUAACUAUACCACAACCCGAUAUCAUAUGCCAGACAUCCAAAUCCCAGCCAACCCCGAAUUUUAACUUCAUGUCGGGGUUGGAGGACCUCCGCAGGUUUCCUAAGGCACAAGCCGUCCGGCCGGGAUUUGAACCUCAGUGCCUGAGGCAGAAAGCUUAUGAUCACCGUAAACAACUUUACGCCAUGCUCACUGCUUCCCUGCCAUCUGCCAACUUGCAUAGCUUGAUCCAUAACAAGGAUCCCAGCACGGAGAGGUUCACACCUGCUCAUCCCCCAUCAUACCCUCCCGCUCAAUCCACCAGCCAUCUCCUCACCUUCCUCACCCCCUCCAGCACCAAAACAGACCAUCUCCCCAACCCUCCUAAACCCCCACUCGACCUCUCGUCGACCCGCUUCGGCUCCUUCGGCGGCCAAUUCGCCCCAGAGCUCCAAAUCGAGGCACUACACUCCCUAGCCUCUACCUUCCAGUCCACCAUCACCACCGACUCCUUCUGGCAGACGUAUCACGCCCACACACCCUUCUGCCCGACGCCUCUCCACCUCGCCAAGAACCUCACCCACCGCGCUACCGGCGCCACGAUCUGGCUGAAGCGCGAGGACCGAAACCCAUACCGCAGCCACCGCGCGCGCAGCAUCGUCGGUCAGAUCCUGUUCGCGAAACGGCUCGGCAGGCGCGAGAUCGUGACGGACUGCGGGUCUGCGUGUCAUGGGAUCGCGUGCGCCGGGCUCUGUGCACAGCUGGGUUUGAAAUGUACAGUGUACAUGGGGGUUGAUGAUGCGGCGAGGCAGUGCGCGGGCGUCCUGGAGAUGCAGCAGCUCGGGGCGGACGUUGUGCCGGUGGAGACGGGGGCUGGGUGUAGGACGCUCAAGGCGGCGGUGAAUUCGGCGAUUGCGCAUUCGCUGGAAGAUCAGGAGGGGGUUUAUUAUGUGAUGGGUGGGCCGAUUGGUGCGCAUCCGUUUCCGGUGAUUAAUCGGACGUUUCAGGCGGGAGUGGGCGAGGAGGUUAAGGUGCAGCUGGCGAGGGUGAUGGGAAGGGAGGAGGAUGGCUUGCCGGAUGCGUUGGUGAGUCCGUUGGGGGUGGGUGCGGCGGCGACGGGGCUUUUCGGUGCGUUUGCUGCGGAGAAGGGAGUGCGGAUGGUGGGUGUUGAGGCGGAGGGCGCGGCGCCGUUGAGUGGUGGCAGUGUGGGUGUGCUGCAUGGGUGUCGGACGAUGGUGUUGCAGGAUGAGGAUGGUCAGAUCGAGUCGACGCAGGCGAUGUCGCCGGAUAUGAACUUUCCGAGUGUUGGGCCGGAGUUGGCGCAUUGGAAGGGGAUGCAGAGGGUGGAGGUGAGCGCGGCUUCGGAUGAGGAGGCGUUGGAGGGAGUGAGGAUUCUGGCGGAAGAGGAGGACGUCGUGGCGGGUUUGAGUACGGGGUAUGCGGUGGCAGAGACGAUGAGGUUGGCAAGGGAGUUGGGACCGGGGCAGAAUGUGGUGUUGUUGGUGACGGGCAAAGAUGACGUUCAUUGA